UAGCAGUGAAACAGUGAACAUAUUGAAACUUAGCUCUUGAUUAUUUAAUUGUUUAAUUUUAUAUUUACAAAAUAUUUAUACUAUAUUUUAUGCAUAAAGUAUAAGUAUAGUAGUGAUCUACCUGCAGUAGUGUUAUCUCCUUUGCACUUUCACUUUAAACAACUUUAAAUUACAACAAUGGAAACAAUACAGCAGUCAUUGGAGCAGAUGAUGGAGCACUUCAAUACAAGGAUGGCAGCCUUCCAGGACAACCUUGAGAAAGCCAGUGCUGCUCCAGUUACCUUGGCUUCACUUGCUACAGACUUCUCACAAUUUAAAUCCUUGAUCGGAGACUCACUGCUUAAUCUCCAACAUCAAGUUCAGGUUUUGGCACAACAACAAGAUCGCCUUGAAAUGCACAGUCGACGCAAGAUUCUGCUGUUACAUGGGAUACCUGAAGACAGUGAUAUCAACUUGACACUUAAUGUAUCUAAGAUGUUUGCUGAGAAACUCAAGGUAAACGUUCCACUACACAGCAUAAGACGUAUUCAUCGUAUGGGUCGUGUAACCGGAGGAAAACCUCGGCCCGUCCUUGUAAAAUUUCAUGGUAUUGAGGAGCGUCAUAAAGUUUGGAUAGCGAAGACUGGAUUUAAAAGCAGUGGCAUCACAUUGUCCGAGUUUCUCACUAAAGUCAGACAUGACGCUUUUAUGAUUGCUCGGAAACACUUCGGUAUCUCCAAGUGCUGGACUCAAAAUGGUGCCGUGAUGAUCGUCGGGUCUGAUGGUAAAAAACAUCAAGUCAGUUCAGUUGCCGAGGUUAACCGACUCAUUAAUUUGACGCAGAGUGUUACGAGCGACAAUACGACAUUCCCAGCAACUACCCAGCCCGCCAUCGCCCCGAAGACAUUGGACACGGCAGGUGUAACACGCUCCAAACGUGUUUUAAAAAAGUAAUCUCUUCCUAAGCUGAAUAAGUGGUUGUGGUGGCAGUAUUAUUCACGUGUGGUCUUUCUUAUUCUCAAAAUUCUGUGGGUAGGUAAAUUUCGUAAGUAGCACACUAUAUAACAUUUGUUUUUCAUUUGUUUUUUUUAAAAAAUACUUUUAUACAAUUACCAACCCACAUUAAAAACAAAUAUAAUUAAUUAUUUUCACUUUGAUGACAUUUGGCAUUUAUGACAGUGACUGACUUGACAUUUGACAGAUCUGAUAAUGUAAUACGUAUUUAUGGUAAUUUUGGCCAAAAUGGCAAAUUUUUGACUUUUUGGCAUUAUAUUCAUACAGCCAUAGUCUUUAAUAUUGCCACCUUAAUUCAAUCUGAGUGUUUAUAUUUGUUUUUGUUUUCGUUUUUGUUGUAAAAGAUAUAAUUUAUUUAAUUUUAACACCUACUACUUGCAGGUAGAUACAUAGAUAAAAUAUUUUUGUAAUUUUUGUAUAUUAUUAUUGUUGUUUUUAUAUACAUAUUUUGUAUUAUAUUUAUAUAUUAAUUUUGUGCACAUACGCCUAUGAAUAGUGAUACUGAUGACUCAUUUAAUUCUGCUUCGUCUCUUAACAGCGAUGACAGUUUUCAUAGCGCAUCUCUUCCUUUAGAUGAAAUAUUAAAUAAUACCUUUUCAGAACUACCUAAGAACUUUAAUGCCGUUCAUAUUAACGCACAAAGUAUACCAGCACAUUUUCCUGAAAUGCUAGCGACAUUUAAAGUUAAUAAUCUUCACGCCAUCUUCAUUUCAG